UGAAGCAAAUAACCCAAAAAAAACAAACAAACAAACGAAGUGUGCCAUAUAGAUCGAACCUAGCAAAAAUGAGUUCCAAUACUAAACAAAAUAAUCUUGCUACUAAUGAGGUAGAAAAAGUUGAUGAUGCUUAUCUUUCUGCAUUGUUAUUAUGUUUUAGUAGGGUUUUUCCUGCUAUACUAAAUGCUGCUGUUGAUCUCAAUUUAUUUGAAAUCAUAGCUAAGUUACAAAAUUCAAAUGAACAUUCUAGUUUUUCUGCUUAUGAAAUUGCUUCUGAGCUUCCAAAUCAACACCCUGAAUUGGCUGAGAGGCUUGAACGUAUGUUGACUGUGUUGGCUAGUUACUCUCUUCUCACUUGUUCCAUUCGUACCAAUGAAGAUGGUAAGAGAGAAAGAGUUUAUGCUCUCUCAUCAAUUGGUCAAUACUUUGCAUGUGAUAGUGAUGGAGGCUCUUUGGCUCCACUCUCAACAUUAAUCCAUAGAGGGUGUAAUAGCGUUUGGGGUGAUGCAAAGGAUGCAAUUUUGGAUCCUGAUGUCAAAAAUAUUUUCCAAAGUAUCAAUGGGACAUCAUUUUAUCAAUACACCAAGACAAACAAAGAAUUGAAUGAUACUUGUAACAAAGCAAUGGCUCAUUCUGGUCCAUUGGAAAUUAAAAGGAUCCUUCAAUUUUAUAAAGGAUUUGAAGGAGUCUCAACGUUGGUUGAUGUUGGAGGUGGAGUAGGAAAGACCCUAAAACUCAUUAUCUCUCAAUAUCCUUCAAUUAAGGGAAUUAAUUUUGAUAUGCCACAAGUUGUUCAAAAUGCACCUUCUCAUCCAGGGCUGGAGCAUGUUGGAGGAGAUAUGUUUGAAAGUGUUCCAACUGGUGAUGCAAUUGUACUAAAGCUUGUAUGUCAUAACUGGGCAGAUGAAGAAUGUGUGAAGUUCUUAAAAAAUUGUCACAAAGCUUUACCAAAACAUGGAAAGGUGAUUGUUUUGGAUUAUAUAAUUCCAGAGGUGCCAAACCCUAGCAAUAUGUCUAAGCAUGCUUGUGCUAUUGACAAUCUCAUGUUUUUAGUAACAACUGGAAAGGAAAGAACUGAAGAAGAAUUUGAGAGCUUAUGUAAGAGAGCUGGAUUUUCCAAAUUUCAUGUGGCUUGCAGUGAUGCCUCGGCCUUGUCAGGAGUGAUGGAAUUUUAUAAAUAAUAAAAGUUACUUAGUAGUAACUUGGAAUCUUGAUAUAUUGUUAGCAGUUAAUUUUAUGAAAUUUAAGAGUAAGAUAAUAAUUUCAUAGCAAAGAAUAAGGAUAAUUGUGUCCAAGCUUUGUAAGAUGUAAUUUUCUAUGUUUCUCAUGUUUGUUGUAAUAAUUUAUAUAUCAAGACUAUUUAUUCAUGAA